AUGGAAGUGCAGUGGCUUCUGGUGUGCCACGGCUUGGUGACGCUUUUGGUGGUGGUAUCGUUCCUCUGCGGGAAUUGGCCCAUUUUCCAGGGCACAUUCAUUCAGCGUAUCCACUUUUUUCUCACAUUCGGGGCCUAUGAUUAUUUCCGGCGAUUUAUUCAUUUUGUGUGUGGGUCUAGAGGCAUCAAUGCCCUAAACUCCGUUGAAUACUAUUUUUGCGACCGGCCUAAUCCCAUUUUACAGAUAAUGUAUUUGGGAAUAAUUGGAGCUACCUAUUACUUCAUUGCAACGUCAUCCUUCAGCUACAUUCCUGGAUACUACUUAAGUGGACUGCACAGGUGCACGAGCUUCUUGGCAGUUGGCAUUGGUAUUCUUCUCUUCCUAUUGACUAGCUUUUCGGACCCAGGAACUGUGACUUCUGCAAAUGUCCCUCAAUAUCUUUCUGCUUAUCCUUAUGACAACAUUAUCUUCUCAGAGAAAGAAUGUUCUACUUGCAAGAUCCCGAAGCCCGCUAGGUCAAAGCACUGCAGCAUAUGCAAUCGCUGUGUUGCUCGGUUUGACCAUCAUUGUGGAUGGAUGAACAAUUGCAUUGGGGAGAGAAACACCAGAUACUUCAUGGCUUUUAUUAUUUGGCACUUCGUUAUCUGCAUUUAUGGAAUAGUAGCCCUUGCAUUGGUUCUUGCUGGUAGGCUGAAAGAAUUAAAAGUAAUCUACAUUCUAACAGAGUAUUAUGGCAUUGAAAAUUCUUUUAGGGCUUUGGCUCCGCAAGUUGUACAGUGGUUGUUGGGCGCGUACAACACUCAAAUACUUAUUAUGAUGUUUUUAGCCUUAGUUUCUCUGCUGUUAGCUGGAUUCUUCGCAUACCAUGCCAAACUCUGUCUUUCAAACACUACCACAAAUGAGUCUUUUAAGUGGCAAGAGCACUUGAGCUGGCAGAGGAAGGUGAGCGAGGCAAAGGCAAGUGCAGAAGCUCUAAAAGCAAGUUUAGAUGAACUAGGUCAAGAUAUGAAGCCUCAAGAAAGCAAAUGGAAGUCCUUCUUCAGAAGAUCUCGUCUGGAAGAAUUGGAAGUAGUUAAGAAUAAUGUGUACGAUAGAGGAUUUCUAAACAAUAUCCAUGAGUGGUCAUGGCUUAGAGGAAAAUCAAAUAGAAGGCUUAUCUUCACCUUGAGUAAUUAUCUUGAACAUAAUCCAGUUCAUAGCAAGAGUAUUCCAAUACACAUGGUCCCUCCAAUUGCUCGGAUUGAGCGAAUAAUUGGUAUACCUUCAGUUGAAAGAACUUUGAUCUCACCUGCACCUUUCUCCGUGGGGCAAUGUGGGACUUGGGUUGUCCGAGGAUGUAAAUUCAUAGUUGUGUAA